UCGAAUCAAAAAGAAACUGCCCCCCCCGCGGAGUGGCAGUUGGCGAACGGCGGCUGGAAGCCCCGCACGAGGAAGUGCAUCUCGGCAUCGUUGGCCACCUGUGGCUUCGUGAGCCGGGAAAACCGGGCAGCGCACGGUUCCGAUGCGGAGACGCUGAGCCAACAAACAAACCCGAAACGAACGAUGGCGGACUGCUCGUACGCGCGCUGCGUCCAAGAGCGCCGCUACAUAAGACGCGAGCUGGCCAAGUGGACCAAAAACAUGGUGUACAUAGUCGGACUAGAACGUGUCGCUGAAGAAUUGAUGGGACGCAGGAAAUGGAAACACUAUCAGGACGUCAUCACGCGACAACAGUUGAACCUGCUCGAGACCAGCACGACCAACACAACCGAGGACGACCUGCUCAGCGGCACGACCGGCGUGUCCACCGGAGCAGCCGCCGUAGCCGCCGCGGGACCCGGGCAGCUGAUGAGUUCCGCCGGCACCACGACCGCUGCCGCAGCCCUUUCGCUCGCUGGCGGCGGCAUGAUCGACCAGAAGACCAGCCCGACCGCCGCCUUCGUGGCCGCCGCCAAUGCCGCGGCCGUGGCGGCCCUCACGACACCCGCCGCUGCCCAGGCGGCUGCCAACACAACCGCAGCGACGGCCAUAGUACGCAACGGCCACUAUCACCAAGGAGACGUAGAAGUCGACACAAAAAUAGUCCACCCGAGCAAUCCUAGCAGUCCGCCCUCCGCUAACACCAACUGCUUACCGUCCGCGCAACCCGAGCCUGCGAAUGCCAGCUCGCCGCGACACGGCAAGGACGAUGGGAGCUCCUCGGAGCCCCAACGUCGCGAUCGCUCGAUCACACCGGUGACAAACUGUCACGCGAGCGACAACGGUACGGCGACUGCCAUCGACGGUACAUCGCCCGGACCUCCCGGGCUUUCCAGGCGAGACCUACCGUCGACGGAGGAACCAGCAGGCGAAAGGACCAGCAACACACCGGACCGACAGGAAGGGCAGGCCACGAGCAGUCCCGUCCUACGCGAGCAGGCUGCCGGCACCGAUCGGAACAAUUCGUCCGUCGUCAAGCAAGAACCGAUAGACAAUUCCACGGAGGCGGUAGACAAAAAAGGAGCGCUCUUUAAGACGGAAGAUGCCAGCCCCUCGCAGCUGUCCGAGGCGGCCGCGUUGAAGUUUAACAUCGUCCCAAAGGUAGCCUCCACCGGCGCGGACAACAACAAUACCAUUAGCAGUAACAACAACACGAUCCAGCCGCGCAGCAACGGGUUGGUGGUGGUGCCGGCGGCGGAAGACAGCGUCCCGGGCGCCAGGCAGCCCCCGGCCGACUCGCCGACGGAAGCGGUCACCCCGGUCGACUGGAAGCCGCAGGACAAGUGCAACUUCUGCGUCGACGGGAAGCUGCUGACGGUGAACGAGGCCGGCGAGCUGGUGCCCGAAUCCGGUCCGGCCCCGGCCGAGGCCGAACGGUUGCUUGGCCGACGGGCUCCAACUUCGCUGGCCGAGUCGGACAGCGACACGAGCGAAAGCAGCGAACCGGAGCUGCUGGCCAGCCUGCUGAGUGCGGGGGCCGGCGGUGGAGUGUCGGCCAAAUCGCUGGCCGCGCUGCUGCGCGAAAGCGGUGCCUCCCAGAGCCUACCCUCGCUGCAGUCCUACAUGGCGCAGCACCUUGCGGCCGCCUCGCUGCAGGGUCUUCAGCCGAAUCUUGCCCAGCUUUACAACCCCUCCCUGUGGUAUUCGCAGCUGCAGCCGCAGAUGUCGCCGACGGCCGUCGACGCAGCGACCGGAGCCGGCGUGACAUCGGCCGCCAUCAGUCCGACGACGGCGGCCAAGAUGGCGUCCGAGCUCGGGACGGUCAGCGCGACCGGCGAGCAGCCGCUAGAUCUCAGCGCCAAGCCCGGCACCUCCGGCAUGAGCUCCUUUCUGCUGAGCAGCAUGAUGGACCCGAAGCACAUCUACAAAGCAAAGCCACGCUUGUCGCCGAUCGGCGGACGGAAAACGUACACCGAGGACGGGCUGCGGAACGCGCUGCAGGAUAUCCUGACCGGGCGUCUGGGGACGCGUCGGGCCGCCGUCCAGUACGGGAUCCCGCGCUCGACGCUGCGCAACAAAGCCUACAAGAUGGCGCUCGGCUACGGCAAGCGCGGCGCCAACGCCCUGCUCGACGACGACGACGACAAGGACUCGCAGGAUGGGCUGGACCUGAAGGAUGGCGACCUGCUGGACAAGCUGCCCCAGCACGUGCUGGCGGACAUGAUCCUCAAGAUGUACGGAGCCGGUCCCAGCACCCCGCAGCGUCCGCACGAGCCCAACUCGACCCCCACGCCCCCCACCACUGGCACCCCGCCCACGGCCCAACGCGCCACCCCCGAGCCCGGCUCGCUCGAGAUGGCCGCCCUAAGCCUGAAGCCGGCCCUGGUGCCACGCCCCCUCCCGCCAACCACUAGCCAAGGCCCCGCCGCCACUCUCGGCCGCACUCAGCACCCACCUGGCCCGCCCACCACCCAGCCCCCGCAGGCGUCCCCGUUGGCCGCGGCGGCCGCCUCGACGCUGCUCGACCCCAGCCUGCUGAUGCAAGUGCAACGCGUCAUGCAGGUGACGGCCACGGCGCAAACGCAGGCCUCGGGCGAAACCCAGCAGGUGCUGGCCGAGCUGCCCGACCUGCUGCGGAAGCUGAUUGAGCAGCAGCAGCAGCUGGCCGACCAGAUCAAGAAGGUGAGCGCCACCAGCGGCUCGGGCAGCAACGCCUCAGCAGCGACGACCUCCGCAGGGAACGCGAUCCCUAGCCCCGCCCCGGCCACCCCGAACCACUCGGCCCUGGACGCGGCGAUGGCCCGAUCGCCCUCCCUCAGCGCCGCCCUCAACGCCAACGGAACCGCCCCGCCUCCUCCGACCACCCUCGACCCGUGCUACCUGCCCUUCCUGCAGCAGCUGCAGCAGCAGCACAGCAAGAUGCGCACGCUGUCCGCCGGCACGCCCGACACCUCCGCCUCCCUCUCCUCGGAGCCCAACGAUCCGGCCAGCGACGACCCGCAGGUCAUACUGAAGAUUCCGUCCUACGGGCGCGCGCCCGGCGCCUCGCCGGGAGUGGGCGGCAAGAACGGCACCGACCUCGAGCGCCACCUGCCGCACCACCCGUCCCUGGCGUCCCCCUCGCCCCCGACGGCCGCGGCCGCCAUCGUCCUCAGCAACCUGGUGUCCGGCUCGGGAGCCCGCAUCACGCACCCCUCUGCCGCCAGCCCGCUGCUCAACAGUGGCCCGCAGGGGGCGCCCUCGAUGAACCACCUCGCUGGAAGCGGGUCCACCGUCGGGCAGGCCUCCCUGGCCUCCUCCCUGUCGUCCUCGUCCCCGCUGUCCACGCUGUCGGUGGCGUCGUCAUCCCAACCGGACCGGAUGUCGCUGGCGGCGGGCGGUGGCCCAUCGAACCACCUGUCCGUCAUCUCGCCGCCCCUCGUCGGGCUGCGCAACAACGUGAAAGGGCACGAGGCGGGAGCAUCACCCCCAGCACCCACGACGACCGUCUCCGGCAAGCCAAUGCUCUCCGUGAACGAGGUGAUCGCACGCAGCAUCAGCAAGAAUUUCCAGCAGCAACAGCAGCAGCAACACCUGCUGAAGCAGCAGAUCGAGCAGAUGAAGCGGCCAUCGAUCUCCGUCAUCAAGACGCUCGGCGACAUCUCGCACUUCGGCAGCGGCAACGCGGCAAUGGCGGCGGCGGUGGCGGCGGCCGGCCUCGGCCCGGUCGGCUCGGCGGCCCAGUACGCGGCGGUGGCAGCGGCGGCCGCCGCGGCCAACAACAACAACAACAACAACACGGGCACCGGCGGCAAGGGGACGCGCCCGAAGCGAGGCAAGUACCGGAACUACGACCGGGACAGCCUGGUCGAGGCGGUGAAGGCGGUGCAGCGGGGCGAGAUGUCGGUGCACCGCGCGGGCAGCUACUACGGCGUGCCGCACUCCACCCUCGAGUACAAGGUAAAGGAGCGGCACCUGAUGAGGCCUCGGAAGCGCGAGCCCAAACCGCAGCCCGGUCUCGAUGACCACCAUCGGUUGGGUGGAGGUGGACCGUCGUCCGCCAAGGGCUCAAUGGACGGGUCCUCCUCGUUGCGGGGCCUGGACAAGGGCCACAAGGGUCUGGCCGGGCUCGGAGGUGGCUCCAGCUCGAAGGGUUCGCUCGGAGGCCUCGGCAAGAACCAUCACCAUCAGCAAACGCAGCAGGCCGGACAGGCGCAGUUCGCGACCGGUUCCCCCAACGGCGCACUCGGCGCCAAGAUGCCCAUGCUGGACUCGGCCGCCUUCGCCUCCCAGCUGCCGUACGGGUCGCCCUUCUUCUGGCCGCACGCGGCCGCCGGCGCCUACGGCAACAUGCCGGCGGUGGACUUCUCGCGCGGCCAGAGCUCCGGUCAGGCCGCCGACUCGCUGUUCGCCUCGCAGGGGCUGAUGCAGCGGUUCCAGCAGGAGGCGGCGGUGGCGGCCGAAGCGCGCCUCCACUCUUCCUCCUCCUCCUCCACCACGUCCGGGGCCGGCGCGGGGCCCGCCAAGCCCGCCAGCCAGAGCACGGCCCUGCCCAAGGGCAGCAGCGUGCGCGAGAUGGCCGAGCAGCUGUACGACGGCAGCGGCACCAACGGCGGCUCCUUCCUCGACGACAUCAUCCGCCACAGUCUGGACAAGAAGUCGGGCGACCUGGCCACCCACAGCGCGCUGUUCGACCAGCUGCUGAAGGGCAACCUGCGCCCGUCGGCCGCCAACUCCGGCCCCGACGACCCAACGCACCCCCUCUCCCGCGCCGCCGGCAGCAAGCGGUCCGCCACGAGCCCCCCGCUCGGCUUCCCCGCCGACGCCAUCAAGCGCGAGCGGGCCAGCCCCGGCGCCUCGUCCACCUCCUCCACCGGCAGCAGCAGCAAACCGAGCACGCUCGGGGACCACCUGCACCACCAGCACCUCCAGCACCACCAACACCACCACCAGAGCCCCCAGGCGGACCAGCUGCUGGCCAAGAACGUCGAGAGCCUGAUGAAGCUGCACGAGAACCUUUCGUCGAUGUCCGCGGCGCACCUUCAGCGGACCGCGAUGGAAGAACUCAACGGCACGGCGGCCCCGCCGGGAGUGUCGGACGCGCACUUCUCGGACGGCGACGCCGACUCCGACUCGCCCCGCUCCCACCACCCCGCCAACCAUCACGGCCACGGGCGGCAUCACCCACACCACCACCAGCAGCACGGGCCGCGAGGCUUCACGGACGACAGCUCAUAG